AUGCAGAUGAUUACUAAACGAUUGGACUUGAAAUCUGACAUUUUCAAAUAUAAAUUACCUCUGAAAAAAGGUAUUUACCGUAUUUCCAAUUUUACCAUGCCUGAUCAAGUGCUUCCUAGUUUCCUGCCAUCAAGAGCUUUACUUAAAAAUCGAAUUGCUCCAAAAAAAGUUUCCAUAGCAGUUCAUGGGAAUUUUACAUCAGAAGAGUUUGAUUUCAAUUUGUUCAAAGUACCUACUUGA